AUGGUCCGAUCCUGAACUGCACAAGAAACGAUCACCAGCGACAGUGAUCUGCUGGCUUCGCCGACAAGGAGUCGAUCUCCGUUUGCUUUUGUUCAUGCAUGUUGCACGCUGGGGGAAAAAAGAAGGAAAACAUUCAGUAGAAAACAUUCAGUAUGACUGCAUCCUGAUUCCUGAGGCAGAUUCCCUCUACCGCGCAAGCCAUGCACGCCGUGAACAUCAAGGCCCUCAUCCCUUGCACGCUCGACGUGGAGGCGACCUUUUGCGAGAUAAGGCUGGCCUGCAACGAUCGUCCAUCAAGAAGAGGCAACGCCGUUUCCCGCAGCUGAAAUAUCGAGGGCGUAAACGCAGCAGAUCAUGUAUAGCCCAUGGGCCAUGGCAGGGCGACUGCAUUUUGCUAGCGAAAUAAUGAGUCCACUGGGCCGUGCACUUCAACAAUAUGGGCCUACUCCUUGAGGCUGAGCCCAGUCCACCAAUCGCGGGUUGCGGCCUCUUCUUCCAGCUCGGAUAUCUCCGCGCUUCCUCACCGACCACCCAAUCUCACGCCACCGGCAAACAUGCUGAGUUCUCCGAGACUCGCAGCACCGGCCGCCUCUCGCGGCUCCCCCUCCCCGACUCUCACCACCACCACGCCCACAGGUCUCGGAAUCCGUCGCCGCCGCCGAAGCGGUCUCCACGCUGCACAGCCCGAUACGGCUUCUCGCCACCACGGCGACCGUGGUCGCCCGGCGCUCCACCUCGCGAAUCCCGUCGCCUCCGCUUCUGUCACGAGCACCAGCUCGCCGGAUCCCAUCCAUGGGCGAUUCGAGAGCGAUGAGCUCAGGAGGCUGUGCCGUGGACCCAACCCGGAGGCCGCCAUUAGACUGCUCGACCAAAUGCUCCAACGAGGAGGCGGCGCCGAGCUCCAGCCGGAAGAGCAAGCCGCGCUCCUCCAGUCCUGCGCCGACUCGCGUUCGCUGGCCUUGCUAAGGCGGGCGCACCGCCUGCUCGCUUCCAGGCCCUCGUCCGCGAUCCCCGCGCCCAUCCUGCACGGGAUCGCCACGCUGUACCUCAAGCUCGGCGCCCGUGGCGACGCGCGGCGCGUCCUCGAGGGGCAGUCGAGGCCGCCGCCGCCGCGGAGGGGGAGGGAGAGCGAGGACGCCGCGGUCCAGGCGAAGCGGCGGGAGGCGUACGAGAAGGUGCGGGAGCUGCACGAGCAGAUCCGCGCGGCGGGGUACGUGCCGGACACGCGCCACGUGCUGCACGACGUCGACGAGGGCGCCAAGGCCCGCGCGCUCAUGUACCAUAGCGAGCGCCUGGCCAUCGCGUUCGGGCUGGUGAGCACGCCGCCGGGGACGCCGCUCCGGGUCAUGAAGAACCUGCGCAUCUGCGGGGACUGUCACAACGCCGUCAAGCUCAUCGCCAAGGUCACCGGCCGAGAGAUCGUCGUCAGGGAUAACAAGCGGUUCCACCAUUUCAAGGACGGCGACUGCUCCUGCGGAGACUACUGGACCCCAAGAUUUUUUUCCUCACUCCUUGAAACCAGCAUCCAUGCCAAUGCCAUAUGAUCCAGGCAUCCUUUUUUGUCCUCUCAAGGCCAAGGUGAAGGUGGAGUGUGCUCUCAAGUUUAAAAAACUUUGAACUCCCGCUUCUGCUCGCACCUUGCCUGCAGAUCGGAAUAGUAAAUGCGGAGGCGUGAUGCCGUCAUCAAUGCCGGAGGUGGAUGCUGUGCCGCCGUGCACGAGAGGGAGACUGGGAGAGUCGGAGAGAGAUGUUUGCAGGAAGAGAGAGAUCAGAAUUCAGAACUGCACAAGGCAACAGCACUGGAAGCCUGGAAGGUGAGCCCCAUAUCCGCCUGCCGCCCGCUGGCUGCUGCUCCCUCUCUCCGUCUCUCGCCUGAAAAGAGAGGGUGGCUUCUGUGGCGCCACCUCGCCACUGGUGCCGGUGGUGGCAGGCCGGAGAUGGUGUGUGGGCGUGCCCUGCGCCUGCUGGGGAUGGGCCUGGCAAUGCCAUGGCAAGGAGGACAGACACACAAGGCCGUGUUUAGUUGGGGAAUUUGGGAGGUGCCAAAUU